AUGUCUCCCACCUCAGCUGCUCCCAUCGUUACAGCACAAUGCAUGGACUAUGACGACCUUGCAUGGGACCGAGGUGACAGGCUAUUCGAACCUUGGAAAGACAAACUCUUCGAACGUGAUGUCCUCCGGGCAAUUGGAGGCUUUAUCGAGAAGCACCGGGGAGGGGUCCCAGACGAGCUAUUUGCUCCCAAACGCGGAGCUUUUAAUACUUGGCUUCGAAUGAGAUUCAAAGACGGAGGCUCGGCCGUAAUCCGAUUUCCAUGUCCUGGGGCAUCCGUGUUUCCGGAAGAGAAGGUGAAAAGGGAAGUUGCCGUGAUGCGCUUUCUUGAAUUGUUUACCAACAUUCCUGUGCCUCACAUUCUUCACUAUGGCAUGACCGAGCAGAGCCCGAGGGAUCUAGGACCCUUCAUCGUCAUGGAGUAUAUCAACCAUGAGCAUGACUUCAUCGAUGCUCUCAACGUCCCCGGUCGUUCACGUCAGGAUAGGCCAUUUUUGGACCCAAAUGUUUCAGCAGACAGGCUGGAGCUAGUCUAUAGCCAGAUGGCAGAUAUCAUACUACAAUUAUCCAAGCAUUCAUUCUCCGAGAUCGGUUGUAUUGCCAAGGCAAACGAAGAUGACGAAUUUGAUGACACCUGGAUAGUCAAGCACCGUCCACUUACCUUCAACAUGAAUGAACUUGUUCAACUAGGCGAUGUCCACCCUGAACUCCUUCCUCAGCAGACAUUCAAGACCGCCUCAUCUUACUAUCAGGCCCUUGCUGAGAUGCAUAUGACUCACUUGUCUUCCCAGCGCAAUGACGCUAUUGAGUCCGCCGAAGAUUGCCGCCAGAAGUACAUUGCCAGAUGUCUAUUCCGUAAAAUUACUCGGGAGCAUCAGCUCUGUGCCGAUGACACUGGUCCUUUUAAGCUCUUCUGCGAUGACUUCCGGCCAGGGAAUGUGCUUUGCAACGAGAAAUUCCAAAUGACAGGGGUAGUGGACUGGGAGUUUACCUACGCAGCUCCAACCGGAUUCGCAUAUAGCCCCCCAUUCUGGCUGUUGCUCGAACUUCCCGAGUUUUGGGAGAAGGGUCUUGAUGACUGGAUCGAAAACUAUGAGAAAGUUCUCCCGAUCUUUUUCAAGGUGCUUAAGGAGAGAGAGGAGAAAGCCAUUGCCCAAGGGACUCUCAAGGACACAGAUCGCCUAUUUGGGCGUAUGCUAGAAAGUUGGCAAAGCGGUGAUUUUUGGCUCAACUACGCUGCUAGGAAAAGUUGGGCUUUCGAUAUGAUCUAUUGGGCGAAGAUUGAUCGCAGGUUCUUUGGCGAUGGAGAUCUCGAAGAUCGUCUCCAGCUUUUGACACCAGAAGAAAGGGAACAGAUGGAUGGCUUCAUUCAGAGGAAGUUGAAAGAAAAGGAAGAGCGGAUCCUGACUGACUUGCUAAGUUUCAUUAUGCUUCUGAAUUUCUUCCCACUCAGCAGCUGUGGUAUCAUAGUUGCCGCCGGUGCCAGCAAUCGGAUAAAUGCGCUCUUCGAUGUCCACAUCGAACUUGUCACUUCUUGUCUGGUUUCCUAA